CGUCUUUGGGACCAGCCAGGUGUUCCGGAACUUUGAUGAUAUAAAACCAAAGGCUGCGGGGUUAACGGUGCCCCUCAAAGUCAGGGAGUAGUGAGUGAUUACCUUGCCAUGGGGUCCCAGGUUCCUACCCUGCACAGCCACUGACAUGCUGUGCAGGCUUGGGCCGGUUACUCUCCCUCCCUGAGCUUCAGCGAGCUCAACUGUAUAACAGGGCUCUUCCACCUCAGCAGAUAAAAGGCUGCUGGGUGGGAUGAGCUCCAAGAAUGUCAGCCUCCUCUCCCUGGGUCUCUGUCUACCCCUCUUGUCUCCCUACCCAAGUCCCCCUCUUCCCAGCCCAUUCCCGAAGCCCCAGCUGUAUGCUCUGGACUGGUCCCAAGUCAGGGCCAGCCCCUCCGCCUGUGCCCCCUGCCCCUGCAGCUACCAUCGAGGCUAUCAGUGCUUGGAGCAAGAAGACUGGGAGGUGGCGGUGCUGUUCUUCUCCCGCGGCCUCCACCUGGACUCCCAGCUGGUAGAAUUCUAUGCCUUGAGAGCCGAGGCCUACAUCCAGCUCUGCGACUUUUCCUCGGCCGCCCAGAACCUUCGAAAGGCCUACUCCUCCCAGCCGGAGAACACGGACUACCUGGAGCGGCUCACCUUGGUGCUUUACCUGAAGGGCCAGUGCCUUUUCCAGCAACGCGCCUUUCCGGAUGCCCUGAACGUCUUCUCUCAAGCCUCUGAGCUCCAGCCUGAGAAAUUCUGCUUCCGUUAUCGAUGCAUGGCCUGUCUCCUGGCCCUCAAACGGCAUCGUGAAUGCCUCUCAUUCGUCACCAAGGAGGUGAAGCAUGGCACCACCAAUGCCGAUGUCUACAUCCUCCGGGCCAGGCUCUACAACUUCUUCCAGAAGCCCAGCCUCUGCCAUCGAGACCUACACAGUGCCUUGCUACUGGAUCCCAAGCACCCACAGGCCAAGGUGCUGCUCAAGGUGAUGGUGGGCCAGGCCCAAGAGGCACGCCAAGAUGCCGGGAUCCUGGCCGUGCAGGGCAAGCUGCAACAUGCGCUGCAGUGUAUCAACCGUGCCAUCGAGAACAACCCUCUGGACCCCAGCCUCUUCCUCUUCCGGGGCAUCAUGUACCGACGGCUCCGGGAGUUUGACUCCGCCGUGGAGGACUUCCUGAAGGCGUUGGACAUGAUGACCGAGCACCAGCAGGACCUGGUGCAGCAGGUGCAGCGCCAACUGCUGUUGGCCUACAACGACUUCGCGGUGCACUGCUACAUGCAGGGCGCCUACCAGGAGGGGGUGCUGCUGCUCAGCAAGGCGCUCAAGGGCGAGCAGCGGGAGAAAGGCCUCUACAUCAACCGCGGUGAUUGCUUCUUCCAACUGGGCAACCUGACCUUCGCUGAGGCGGACUACCAGCAGGCGCUGGCGCUGAGUCCGAAGGACGAGGGCGCCCACCUGCGCAUGGGCCUGCUGCAGGAGAAGUUGGGCUUCUGCGAGCAGAGGAGCAGGCAGUUCCAGAAGGCAGAGAACCGCUUCUCAAUGGCCAUCCAGCACAAUCCCCAGAAGCCCCAGUACUACCUGUACCGCGCCAGGAGCCGGCAGCUCAUGCAGAACAUUUUUGGGGCCCGCCAGGAUGUUGCCACUGUCCUGCUCCUUGACCCCAAACAACCGAAGCUGCUGCCACUGAUGACCACCCUCUUCCCCGGCAUGUCAGUGGAGGAGGUGCUUAACAGCCAGGUGGCCCACCUGGCCAGGCUGCAGCUGGAGCGGGUGGUGGAGCACAGCCUGCAGGCCGGCACCCCUCAGGAUAUCGUGGGGCAGCUCAAGGAGCGGGAACUAGAGCGCCAGAGGGCCCGGGCCCUGCAGCUUUCAUGGAAGCUGGAGCAGCCUUUGUUCGAGACCUCCAAAGAGCUAGAGGCCACUCGCCAGUCCCUGCAGGCAAAGCCAGAAGGCCCAGAAGAAGAGGCCAAGUCCCCUGGGGAGAAGGAGGAGAAGCUGGUGCCGGGUCCCAGCAAGGAGAGGUCCCUGACCGACAGCUACAUCAGCCAGACCUCUUCAGGCUCCAUCUUGGGCUUCAGGACCACGUCCACCUCAGAGACGGAGAUGUCCACUGUCUGCCAGGAAUACAGGAGCACUUCGACCACUGUUGUGACGUUCUCUGACUCUUCACUGCUAAGGACACAAUCCUCAGACUUGGGGGACAAGAGGGAAGACCUAAGCCUGAGCCACAGCCCCAGAAAAACCAAGUCCACUCCAGGCCACAGCCAGAGGCCCAGCGAGCCCGAGGCCAUCCAGGUCCAGAGCCAGAGGCCCAGCAGGACCGAGGCCGACCAGGUCCAGAGCCAGAGGCCCAGCAGGACCGAGGCCAUCCGGGUCCAGAGCCAGAGGCCCAGCAGGACUGAGGCCAUCCGGGUCCAGAGCCAGAGGCCCAGCAGGACCGAGGCCGACCAGGUCCAGAGCCAGAGGCCCAGCAGGACUGAGGCCAUCCGGGUCCAGAGCCAGAGGCCCAGCAGGACCGAGGCCGACCAGGUCCAGAGCCAGAGGCCCAGCAGGACCGAGGCCGCCCUGAGCCAGAGGCCCAGCAGGACCAAGCCCGCCCAGGUCCAGAGCCGGAGGCCCAGCAAGACCGAGGCCACUCGGAGCCGGAGGCCCAGCGGGACUGAGGCCACCCAGGGCUCAAGGCAGAGGCUCAGAAAGGCCAAGGGUGCCCAUGGCCAGAGCUGGAGACCCAGAAAGGCUGGUGCCACCCAGGACUGGAGCUGGAGACUGAUCCAAAGUCCCAGCAACACGCAGACCACCCAGGGCCUGAGACAGAACCCCAGCCCCGGCAGUUAGGCUGCUCUCUGAAGGGGCCGCUCAGCAAAGCAGUCUCCUCCAGAGCAAUCAGAACCUCAGCCAACAUCCCUCUGGUCCCAUGGCUAAAUUUAUUGUAUUUGUUCUCUUCUUUUACAAAAUUAAAAACUUGAAAAGCCCA